AUGCUGGAAUUUGAGGGGCGGAAGCGUAGGGCGGGACUUAUAGUGGUGGUGAUACUGCCACUGACAGAGCUGGGAGUUGACGAAAAAAUGGGAGAGAGUGAGGGUUUCCCGAUGCUGCUGCUACCGCUGUCGUUGUUACCCGAAAAUGGCAUUCCAAAGUGGAUUCGGAUAAAUUUUCUUGAGCCGUUAUUGUUCUCGUUGACGUCAUAA